GGAUUUCCCGCUCCCGGGGAUCCUCCUGCUUGACAGAGCCGACGAGCAGUUCCCCUCCCUCCUCCGUUUCUCUCCUGCCCUCCUUCCCUCACACAGCCCCCCCCCCCCCUCCGCCGCACAACCAUGACUGAGUUCCGCACCGCCGACAACGUCAUCGUCGUUGAGUACGCCGAUGUCAUCAACCCCAAGGCCGACCUCUCGGCCCAGAUCGAGGCCGCCUUCGGCUCCAACCCCAGCGCCCUGGGCCUGAUCCUGGUCCGCGGCAUUCCCGAGCUCGAGAACAAGGUCGGCGAUCUGCUGCCCCUGGCCUCGCGCCUGGGCGGCCUCUCCGCCGAGGAGAAGGCCAAGUACGAGUUCCCCGAUCUGAGCUAUAUGGUUGGCUGGUCGCACGGUAAGGAGCGCUUCCAGGGGGUCUUCGACACCGCCAAGGGCUCUUGGUAUGCCAACCCCUCGAGCGACACCCCGACCGACGACCCGGCCGAGCUGGCCAAGUACCGCGAGUUUGCCCAGCCCAACGUCUGGCCCACCGAGGAGAUCCCCCAGCUGGAGGGCGCCUUCAAGGCCCUCGGCCAGCUGAUCGUCGACACCGGCGCCCGCCUUGCUGUCCACUGCGACAAGUUCAUUUCUUCUCAGAUCGCCGACUUCCCGGCCAACUACAUCGAGAAUGUCAUCAAGAACUCCAAGGCCACCAAGGGCCGGCUGCUGCACUACUUCCCGGUUGACAACCCCCCUGCCUCUCGUGCCGAUGACACCGGCUCCUGGUGCGGCUGGCACCUCGACCAUGGCACCCUGACCGGUCUUACCCCUGCUCGCUACUACCGUGGCGAUGAGGAGACCAGCAUGCCCGACGCCACUGCCGGUCUGUACAUCCGCAACCGCAACGGCGACGUCCUCAAGGCUCCCAUUCCCCGUGACUGUCUGGCCUUCCAGCUCGGCCAGUCCCUGCAGAUCGCCUCCGGUGGCCACCUGUCUGCCACCCCGCACUGUGUCAUUGGUCCGGUUGGUCUGGAGACCGCCGGCAUUGCCCGCAACACUCUGGCCGUCUUCAUGCAGCCCAACUUCAGCGAGAAGCUCUACUUCCCCCAGACCGGCUCGCCCGAGGAGCUGGCCAAGAAGAUCGACGUCCCCCAGUGGAAGGCCGGCCAGGACUUCGGCGAGUUCACCAUCGCCACCAACGAGCUCUACUACUAAGUGUGCCUGGUCGAGUGGAUGUGGCCAAGGGGGCAUGUGUGCUCUGGCCGGCCAUGUGCCCUUGUCUAGAGACACAUGCGGCAGACACCUGGCCACUGCUGCUGGGCUGCCGUCCACAUUUCAUGCAUUUCACGCGGAUUGCGCACGUGUGUGAGGGGCUUGUCCACGCCUGGCCCUGUCACGUCUGCCAGCAUGCAUGCAUGCAUGCAUGCAUGUGUGUGUGUGUGUGUGUGUGU